UCCUUCCAGUUCUAAUCUUGAGCCAUCCACAAAACAUGUGGUUGGUUCUUAUCUCACAACAGCACCAAUUAUCAUCAUCAUCAUCAUCAUCAUCAUCAUCAACAACAACACUAGACAAAACUCUCCUCUCUUUCCACACCAAUAAUUAAAAAUAUUCCAGAAUCCAAUGGGAGCACAGAGAAACAAACAUGGCAGUAGUCACACAAGCAAUGGAGAAGAACAAGAACAAGACCUGGAGGUUCUGAAAGCUGUGGCACAAGCAUGGCAUGCACAAGCAAGCAUUCCAGGAACAACCAAGGAAUUUGAAGCCCAGAAAAACAGGUUCAAACAGAGACCAUCCAGGUUCAGGAUGGAAGCCAUUAACAUGGCUUCAAAGGAAGGUGCUGAUUCCCACUGGGACUUUGGCCAAUCUUUGUGGGACUCUUAUGAGAUUGUGACACUGUCAAAGAAGCUGGAGGCUAAUCUUUGUGUGGAUGACCCUGUGGUGAUCUGGGCUGAGUCUGGCAGGAGGUGGAAGAGGAGGAGGGAAAGUAGCAAUAGUUUGAGGAAUUUGUUUCAGAGGAUCACUUCUUCUUCUUCAAAGAGAUUGGAUGCUGAUUUUUCUGUCUGAUGAGGCAUAUGGAUGAUGGAGGAAGACUAUUUCUCUUGCUUUUUUUCUGAUUUGUUUCUUGGUUGUUGUUCUUGAUGCAGAUUUCUUUAACUAAUAAGGGGAGAACAUAUGAAAAAUCAAGUUGAUUGUGACUGGAUAUAUAUAUAGUUUGUGUAUCUCAACAUAGUUUUGA